GGUCAACCUUAACGGUGUACAUGGCCACGGCUUCCUUUGCAUCCUCGCCUUUCCGUCGACCUAUGGCUGACCUCACUCUCAUCUCGUCUGACAAUGCAAAGUUCCACGUCCACCAAGUGAUUCUCAGCAAGGCACCCAUGUUUUCCAUGCCUCAGACAGCAGCUCGAACGACGAUGAUCACGGCCUGCCUACUGUCCUAGCCCCAGCUUGCGCUACUCGCCUCCCCACGUUGUCGACAUUCGACUCCGAGUCGUCUUUCCUAUGUGCGGUCGCGUCGCUGGAAGCUGCCACGGAGGACGAACUCGAAGUGGAGAAGGUGUUCGAUGCUGUGGCGCCCGUGCGGCCUCUCUUAUAUCCUAGGCGUGUACCCUCUUGCAGUAGUCCCGGUUCCGAGAAUACAAGCUGGGGAUAUGCAUCCGCAGGCUCGUAGUAUCAUGACAGCAACACUCCCACUGAUCCGCUAGCUACCUCUGUUGCGCAGUCCUACUGCUUGACCCUCUCCCUCGCAGGAAGUACGGUCUCUGCGAUAGCAAAAAUUGCAAAGCUUCC